AUGCCUCAUUUACAACGUCUACCGGAUGAGAUAUUGCUUCUUAUUAUCAUCAACCUCUCAAGCAGCAAAGAUGUCGCCGCGCUCUCUAUCCAGUUUCGCCGGAUGCAUCAAGUCUGCGCGCCCGAUCUCGCGAAACGUCGCCGGUAUCGACGCAUCAGGAUCCGCAAGGACGAGCAUCUGAAUCCUGCGUUUGAAAUCCUGCUUUCAAUCCUACGGAAGCCAUAUCUGGGCACAUACGUGCGACACCUGGAAAUCGACCGCCAGCCUGUCCACUCCAGCGCGUACCGCAAGGUCGAGAAUGCGGACUGUCUACGAUCGCUUAGUGCCAGCGAUUUGGAUCUCGUUAAAAAGGCAGUUGGACGACUUCCGUCUCUGCGAUAUGAUGACGAUGUAUUCCUGACGAAGGAUGCACUCCUGAAUAUGGUGCUGCAGAAGAAGAUUGAUAUUAGUCCCCCUGGGCAUCGCUCGUCCUUUUACGCGAAUAAUACCGAUCGAGCGGUAUUCAUAGGCCAGGCGAUCGCAGUGCUACUGAUGAGUGUUUGCCCGGAACUGGAGUCCCUGGUCCUGGGUGCUCCCUUUAUCGUAGACGAUGGUAUCGUGGAUCCAUCUGAGCACCACCUUGGGUAUCGUACAGUUGCAUUCCCACUCGAUAGGUUCCUUAAUUCCGUCACUUCGUCGGAUGAUGAGUCCGCCGAGUCAAAUUGGGGCCUGGAACCAGGCGGCCUAUAUCUGCAGGAAGUGCGUAGCAUCGAAUUCCUCCCACGCCCAUACCUGAGCAGCAAGUGGUACUCGCCAUGCGACAUACGAAGUUGCCUCGACAUAACUCAAGACCUUCCCAACCUCCAAGCCAUCAGCGUCGAUGGUAUGAAGGACUUUGAUGAAUCAUAUUUCAGGCACCACCUUGGACGCAACAACAUCCAAAACAUAAGGCUUCACCGAUCGCUAGUCGGGACAGGCGUGCUCGUCCGGCUGAUCUGUGCUCCAAGAAAACUUCGCGAAUUUACAUACACAAGUGGGUACGUUGACUACAUGCCUCUCGCGGAACUUGGUGGUAAGUAUGGCCAUGUUGGGCGGCGAGCACACGAAAGUGAGGAUCCCUAUACAUUCAACACUCCGUGGUUUAUUGGCGGCAUCCUGAACCACAAGAAGACGCUUGAAACGUUAGAACUUGAUUGCGACUACCAGUUUCAGAACGAUGGCUCAUCGCGGCCGGUAUCUCGUUGGCUGCAGAGUCCGCCAUGGUCUCUCGGUAACCACGGCUCGCUCAAGGACUUUACAGCCCUGACCUGUCUUGAUGUUGGCGUGGAGAUGUUCUUUGUGCUAGUGAAGGGAGCUGGACCGGGCUCCAAAUCCGAGAGCCUCGACCUUAUUGACGAGCUGCCUCAGAAACUACACUCUCUUACAAUUCGUGGCUAUGAGAAGGGGAAAGAUCCCGAGAGGGACGGUCAGCUUGAGAAUCUAGAGCACGGUGUCAAUAGUGGUCUGUAUCCACGUCUGAAGGAAGUGCGUGGUAUCCGUGAGCGUAUCCCAGCGGGAACAUAUGCCCUGCGGGAGACUUGGCUGGGAGGAGAAGAUCCUGACUUUACGCUUGACGAUUGGACUGACUAUGAUGAAUGA